AUGUCAGGCGGAAAAGGUGGAAAGGGAGGGGGAGGAGGUGGAGGUGGAGGAGGAGGCGGCGGCGGCAGCGGUGGAGGUCGAGGCGGUGAUGGCGGUGGCAAAAAUGGAGGUCGUGGUGGAGCCGGCGUAUCAGAAAAUGAAGAAAACCCAAGUCAAGGAGAGAGUAAUAAAGACAAUAAAAAUCCAAGAGACGGAAAGGAUGGAGGAUCUGGACGUGGUGGCGAUGGAGGAGGUACACAAGGAGGUCGUGGAGGAGAUGGCGGUGGUAAGCAAGGAGGUCGAGGUGGUGAUGGAGGAGGCAAGAAAUCCGAAGACAGCAAUGAAAAAGAAACACAAAAUAAGCCAUAA